AUGGCACUAUCGACACCUUCACCGACGUUAUACGUCUCAAACUUGGAGACGAAAACGAAGAAACCGGAAUUGAGAGCAUCACUGUAUGCUUUAUUCACUCCAUAUGGACAAAUCAUCGACAUAGUAGCGAAGAAACAUGCCGGGGGAAGAGGUCAAGCUUUUGUCGUUUUUCGAGAACAAGCUGCUGCUACUGCUGCAUUAAGGGGUCUAUCAGGUGAAGUAUUCUACAACAAAGAGCUGUCAAUAUCAUAUUCCAAAGCACCUUCAAAUGCAACAUUAUCAAGACAAGAUCCGUCCCUUUCACGUGAAAAAGCAGCUAUGGAAGCUGCAAAACUUGUUGUUUCACGUGCUCAAGGUGAAUAUGAGCAAUUAGAAAAAGAAAGAGAAAAUGAAGAAGCUGCUUUACGAGGUGAAAAGAGAGAUUUGGAUCAAGAUGAAUCUACCGCUCAAGAAGAUGGAAGAGAAUCAAAGAGACAAAAAGGUGAUGAAGAUGCUGUACCGGAUGAGGAUGAAGAAGAGAUGGAAAUUGAAGAUGAAGAUGAAGAAGACGUCAAACCUUCACUCAUAUGUACGAAUUUACCUCCUGAGUGUAAUUCAGAUAUCAUGAGUGCAUUGUUUUCACAAUACUCCGGAUUCAUCGAUACCUCAUCAUAUACUUCCAAACCACCUUCAUCGCAUGCCAAACCCAACAAAGGAGCAAGAUCAUUUGUCGCAACUUUCGAAACUCCCAAUCAAGCUCAAAAGGCUUUGGAGGCAACAAAGGGUUAUUUGAUGCAACCAGGCUGGGAAAUGAGCGUGUCACUGAAGUAA